AGGUUGGUAGGUUCCCUAAUGUGGUACGGUCAUGAAGUAAACAAAAUAAUUCGUUGACUUUUCUGAUUUUGUAGAUUGAUGCUCUUUGUGUCAUCAAUAUGUAAGUUCUGCUUUUGCGUUUCGACAGGUGAUUCAGUUUCAUAAUUUUUUGGUUUCUUUUGAUGAUAUAGUGUCGACCAAGUGUGUCAUUAUCUAAGACAGUGUCUCUGUGAGAAAUGUGCUCAACUGAUGUAAAUUAUUUUUAGAUGAAGAUAUGAGUAUGACAGCUAGUGCUAGCUGAUAUGUAUGGAGGUAUUUCAUCACAUUUUCUUCGCAGAGUCUUUUUGUUGCUUGUGAAAUGUAAGAGUUUCAACUAGGACAAAACAACCACGUCGUGAGUUCGGGUACGUAAUACUUUCCUAGUGAAUCCUCUUUCAUCUUCAAGCUUCAAGCAUCGUCGCAAGUCCCUUCCUUUUCUCCUGUUUCUUUAGACAUAUUAAAGUUUAAGGGAAAUAGGAUGGUGGGUCCCCGUGUUCUUCAGCAAGGUUUCAGUGCUUCUUCUGGAUCGGGGAUGUGUCGCGACGAUUUCGAGACCACGUGUGACGUCACAAUGACAGAGGCUGCUCCUUCCUCGACCGCGACUUAUAAUGCUACUACGAGAAACGGAUCGGUAGUAGAGGGAGCGCAAACAACAUCACAGCAACUAAAAGCAAAGCAUGAGGACCAUGAGAAUCAAUUACUGAUACCUUCCGUUUCGACAUGUAGUGGCUCGUCGACAAGUGCAGGAGAAGAUAUUAUCCAUGGAGGACGACGAGGUGCGGGCAAGGCCAACAGUAGUUCUUCCUCACAGGGUCGUAAAGAGGACGUGCGCAUAAGAAGUAAUAAGAGGAGAGACCGCGAUGCCGCGAGCAGCGACGGACUUUACACAAAUGGCUCUAGAACUGCUGGCGGCAACCCGAGCGACGAGAUGCGCCGGGACGAUCUUGAGCAAGACGCAUCUAUGAUGAUACAGAGUAAAGAAGCUGCAGUUCCGCUUCAUCGGCAUAAUAUAGAAGGCCGGCAGGGUCUGAACCAGCAAGAAAGCCCGAUGAGUCGACAGCACGAUGGGAGGACAGGCACUUGCUCUCGCUCGGAAGACGACGGAACUUCUAGUCCAGAGCUGCAGGGAGGACAUCAAUUACAUCAGCGUCAAGACGAUGAUCUGCAAGUUGUCGGACAAGAAUUUGAGUUACAUGUUGAAGACCACGAUGACGACGAGGACUUGCUGAUAUCUUCGACGGAUGUUGACGCGGAUCAGGUCGACCCCUUAUCCGUCGUAACCUUCGUACGCGAAGUACCUUUCAAAGGUCGGUGUCUCUUUUCAGAUCGUCCUUAUCGCGCCGGAUCCGAAAUUUCGCCUGAGGGACCGGUCUUAGUGGCAGUCCAGAGUCGCCACAGAAUGCUCUGGUCGAAGCUAGAGCGAAUACACAAGCACCAAGCGUUCAAUCUGGGGACUUUCACUUUCCACUACGCCGCUGUCUUGUCUCUCCUCUUUCUGAGGGAACAGGAAAUACGUACUUCUUUCUAUACAUUGUGACUUUUUAUUUGUUGUUUUUAUGUCUUGAUGAUUCUUUCUUGCAAGAACUGUACUUGAUCCCGUUCAUGAUGUGUAGUCAUGAUGUCCUCGAAAAGUUAAAGUGUGAUGACUUCUAGAAGUGCUUGGUGCGGUUCGAUCAUGAAAUGUACUGUGCCUUACGUCUCUUAACAGGUAUCAUUUUAGACAAAUUUGUGCCUGAAGCAGAUGAAAGAGAUGAGGGCGUUCGCGAGGACGUCCGGCGCAUAGUAACCGGCUUGGAUUUCACGAAGUUACGUAGUGCUUCCGGUGUUGUCUGGCCUGAUCAUAUUACGAGAGCAGAAGAGGAUGCUGAUGAUUUAGACGAAGGAGGACGACUGCAUCAAGGAGGGGCAUCAGGUCGCACAAUCUCAUCUUCUUCUACCAGUUCCAGAACGGUUGGUGGAUCGUUGCCGCGUCUUGCGAGGCCAAAUAGUUACGAAUUUACGCAGGACUUGAUUUUCAAACUGGUAGGCGCAUGGAGGUAUAAUUCUUUCGGGCACCACACAGAAGAGGGACUUGUUUUGUACAAUCGCAUUAGUAUGUGCGCGCAUAGUUGCGACCCGAACUGCUGCUGGACGUACGGCGAGGGAGACAGCUUUGUGUUGCGGGCGCGGAGAUUCGUUGCAGCGGGCGAGGAGAUCACGAUAUCUUACCUACAAGACGACGACUUACUGAAAAGCACUGACGUAAGGCGAAAAAAACUCGAAAAUUGGAAAUUCUCGUGCAAGUGCGAUCGAUGCGAGGUACCUAUCAUACAUUUGUAUUAUACAUCACUGCCCGAACGGUUGACGAUUAAAAGAAUAACAAGUAUUUACUAGGUUGUGUCCCUGGUCGUGCUCUUGUACGUGGAGGUCUUAAGUAGUUAUUCGCUCUUGGUUGCUGUUACUGUUAGUUUUCAACGGACGACAUGGAAAAUUCAUGAUGAGGCACAACAGGUGUGUUGCUGGUUUUUAUCGUCGAAAGCAAUUAGAAAAUUAAUAUCUUAAUCUUUAUCAAUGAAAACCGUACUACAGGAGGCGAUCGACUCUUGUCGUGGAUUUCGCUGUCUCCAGUGUCGUACUGGCGGACAUUUAGUCUACGCCAACGCCGAUCCUGUGGCUUUAACGAAAUGUGACGUUUGUGGCGAGAACUGUGACGACAUCGACCAGAUCAUGCGUUUAGAGCCUGAAUAUCAGGAGAGGAUCCUCGGUUUGGAUAAGAACAACAUCACGGAUGUGCAGCUCGUGUACCAGGCGAGUUUAGACUUCUUCCACCCGCGCCACUGGUGCCUCUUCAUGCUCGAGAACAUGUUGUACGAGCACUUCAAGGAACGCGCUGCGAAAGAAGUACCACCAAGUCUUUUCACUGCGACUUUCGGAGGCGCAGGCGCAACCUCUGCUCCUUCGAGGAACAACAAUAGUGAGCAAGAAAAUGAACAACCAGAAGGACAACAGCUCAGCUCAUCAAGACCUUCUAGCGAGCAAAUGAGCAAUAGGCAACAACAAGAAACCUCGAUGGUAAAUGGCACAUCCUCAGCAACUGAGGAUCCCUUGUCUCCUGACAGCAAAGGAGCUAUGGCACUACAACAGGGAUCUUCUUCCGAUUCGAACUCGACGUCGUUCUCCUCAUCUUCAAGUUUAAGUAGACCUGGGUGCCCGAGAAUUGUGCGGGACGAGGAUAUGCUUAAGCUUUCCCAGACCGCGCGGUCGAUUCUUCAGAGCUGCAAUGCUCAUUUGUGGAACAAGAUUCAGUUCCACGUGCGCAGUUUUCCCCGACCUACGUUCAUAUGGGCUUGGGCGCUGGAGGAACAUGCCGAUAGGCGUAUGCACUUGAUAGAAAUUGCGGCUGCUGAAGCGGAAGCAAUGUCAAGAACAGUACCUUCAGCUUCUGGAGCGAGGGAUGGUUCACUUGCGGGAGGAGGCCAACAGCCGUCAGCAAAUGAUCUCCAUGCUUUGAAAAAACCAAAAACGGCCUCCAGCUCGACAACCACUUCUUUUUCGUGCGGUCCUUUCCCAGCAGGAUCUCCAAGCUUAGCAGGGGCGCUACCGAAAGUUCAGAUAGAAUCGGCUGCGUCUAUUCCGCAGGCGCUCUCAAGCGCACAAGUUGCCGAAGUGAUGGGACAAUACAAGCAGGCGCACGCUUUAGUUAGUAUCCUAUGCGGCACAGAUCACGAAUUCGUUAAGAUUGCCCUCCAAAAAGCGACAUUACUGCACCAGUGUUUCCACUCGCGAUACAACGCGACUCCCUUAGCUGCACCGUCCCCUACAACCUAAGAUCAUACGAUAAUGAGAAUCUUGCCACGUAAGGAUCCUCAAGCGCCAUAAUUCAACAUUCUCACGUGUUAUAUCGUGGUCCUCGAAUGAAAGAUGCUGCUGCUUUCUAAAAUGAGUUGAGAAGUGCUGUUUUGAAAGUUCAUCCUAGGACUGGCACGAUCGAUCUCGUAGGAUUUCCAUACUCCACCUUAGCAUUUUACUUUCUUUUACCCUUCGAUGACUAUGUGUUGACCUCACCCGCUCCGGCAUCUCUGCUUGUUUAAGUAAUGAGAUGACCCUCGACCACGACGACUGUAGCUCGCAAUCGCUGUUCAACCCAUAUCUAAUGAGUAUAUCAAAGCGAAGCAAUACUUGUCAUGCUAGUGGUGCGUGGAAGGUUAUCCGCGAAAACUACUAUAAAAAUUAAUGUUUCGAAAUUGUUUAGAUGGAAACUCAGAGUUGUAACUGCCGCGAAGUGUG